AUGGCGUCUCUACUUCCCCACCUCCUCCUCCUCGUUUUCUCCUUCCAGUCCUUCUCCUCUUCCCCGGCGGCGGCAGCGGCCACCGACAAGAAGACCUUCAUUUUCCGGGUCGAUUCCCAAUCCAAGCCCUCCAUCUUCCCCACUCACUACCACUGGUACUCCGCCGAGUUCGCCGACGCCCCGCAGAUCCUCCACGUCUACGACACCGUCUUCCACGGCUUCUCCGCCGUGCUGGCACCCGACUACGCCGCCUCCCUCGGCCGGCACCCCGCCGUCCUCGCCGUGUUCGACGACCGCCGCCGGGAGCUUCACACCACCAGAUCCCCUCAGUUCCUCGGCCUCCGAAACCAGCGCGGGCUCUGGUCCGAGUCCGACUACGGCUCCGACGUCAUCAUCGGCGUCUUCGACACCGGGGUCUGGCCCGAGCGCCGGAGCUUCUCCGACGCGAAUCUCGGCCCCGUUCCGUCCCGGUGGAAGGGGAUCUGUCAAAUCGGUGCGAGAUUCACCGCGAAGAACUGUAACAAGAAGUUAAUCGGAGCGAGAUUCUUUGUUAAAGGCCACGAGGCCGCCGGUGGAGGCCCAAUGGGCCCAAUCGGCGGGAUAAACGAGACGGUGGAGUUCCGCUCCCCGAGAGACGCCGACGGUCACGGGACCCACACAGCCUCCACGGCGGCAGGGAGGCACUCGUUUAAAGCGAGCAUGGAAGGCUACGCGCUGGGAGUUGCAAAAGGGGUAGCGCCGAAAGCGCGUCUGGCGGUUUACAAGGUGUGCUGGAAGGACGCGGGUUGUUUGGAUUCCGAUAUUCUCGCCGCGUUUGACGCGGCGGUUACCGACGGCGUCGACGUCAUCUCGAUUUCGAUCGGCGGUGGGGACGGGAUCUCGUCCCCGUACUACCUCGACCCAAUCGCCAUCGGCUCAUACGGUGCCGUAUCGAGGGGAGUCGUUGUUUCUUCGUCCGCAGGAAACGACGGCCCCAAUUCGAUGUCGGUUACCAAUCUCGCUCCCUGGCUCGUCACCGUCGGUGCCAGCACGAUUGACCGGAACUUCCCCGCCGAUGUGGUGCUUGGAGACGGGAGGAAGCUCUCCGGCGUCUCGCUCUACUCCGGAGCAUCUCUGAACGGGAAGAUGUUCCCCGUCGUUUACCCUGGAAACACCGGCGUGCUCGCCGCCUCUCUCUGUAUGGAGAAUUCAAUAGAUCCGGCCGCCGUCCGGGGGAAAAUCGUGGUGUGCGACAGGGGAAGCAGUCCCCGCGUUGCGAAGGGGAUGGUGGUGAAAAAGGCCGGCGGUGUCGGGAUGAUUCUCGCCAACGGAGCUUCCAACGGGGAAGGUCUGGUCGGCGACGCGCAUCUCGUCCCCGCCGCCGCCGUCGGCUCCGACGAAGGCGACGCGGUGAAGAAGUACAUCUCCUCCACGCGCAACCCCACCGCCACGCUCAAUUUCCGCGGGACGAUCAUCGGAAUCAAACCGGCACCCGUCGUGGCUUCGUUCUCCGGCAGGGGACCCAACGGUAUGAGCCCUGAAAUUCUCAAACCCGAUUUGAUUGCUCCAGGGGUCAACAUCCUCGCCGCCUGGACCGACGCAAUCGGGCCGACGGGGCUCGAAUUGGACACCAGGAAAACCGAAUUCAACAUCCUCUCCGGCACAUCGAUGGCUUGCCCUCACGUCAGCGGCGCAGCCGCGUUACUGAAAUCGGCCCACCCGGAUUGGUCCCCUGCAGCAAUCCGCUCGGCGAUGAUGACCACGGCGAACCGGGUCAACAACAUGAACCAACCCAUGACCGACGAAGCCACCGGAAAGCCAUCGACGGCGUACGAUUUCGGAGCAGGGCAUGUGAAUCUUGACCGAGCAAUGGACCCGGGUCUGGUCUACGACAUCACAAACGAAGACUAUGUGAACUAUCUGUGUGGAGUUGGGUACAGUCCGAAAGCAAUUCAGGUGAUCACUCGAGUCCCCGUGAAAUGUCCGGCGAAGAAGCCCAUGCCGGAGAAUCUGAACUACCCUUCGCUGGUGGCCAUUUUCCCCAGCUCGUCCAGAGGACCGACGAGCAAGGCGUUCAUCAGGACCGUGACGAAUGUGGGCGAAUCGAAUGCGGUUUACCGGGUUACCGUCCAGCCUCCGAAAGGGGUGAUCGUGAAUGUGAAGCCGAGGACACUGUCGUUCGCCGGAGCGGUGAAGAAGCGGAGCUUCAUCGUGACGGUGACCGUGGAUGCUCAUCAUCUGGUGUUGGAUGAUACCGGUGCUGCGUUUGGGUCGAUUUCGUGGUCGGAUGGGAAGCAGCAUGUGGUCAGGAGUCCCAUUGUUGUGACUCAAUUAGACCCGCUGUGA